GUAUUUCAUUACAGUUUGCUACGUUACCAUAUUUUCUUUUCGGAAAAGAAAAACAAAAAAUCUCUUAUUUUUUCAGUGACUCUCUGUUCUUCUGAUUCUCACUUUGUUCUCCAUUCAUUAUUUCGUUCGUUCAUCUCUUCCCGCUCUUCAUUCCUUCCCAUCGCGAAAUCCUCACCACUCAUUCAAUGAUGUUAUCGGAGUUCUGAAACCGCACUUUGCGAUUUCCGUUUUCCAACCUCCGAUUUCACGUCACACACAAAGUAAAAUGAAGAGCGCAGGAUCAUUAAUUGGCAAAGGUUUAGUACCUUGUCAAGUAUGUUUUUUCGGUUGGGAAUGAGGGUUUGGAUGAGAAGAUGAAUUUGGAGUCAUCAAGAGGAAUGGCAAUGUCAGCCGGUAAUGGGCAUUCUGAAGAAGAAUUUCGGAAGCCAUUGAUGGAAAAUGAGGAUUCCACUGUCCUUGCUCAGCCCAAGUUUAAGCGCCGUAAAGUUUCUGCAAUUCGUGAUUUUCCAGCAGAAUGUGGACCAUUUUGUUCUGGGGUUGGUCCAAUCUUAAUAGUAAAUAAUGGUGGCUUUGGUUCUGUUAAUGGUACAAUUGUUGAGGAUAAGAGUGGCGAGCAUUUCGGGGGUGAAGCUGAAAAUGAUCCUCAAGAUUCUGAGUUCAAAAAUAAUUCGUUAUUGACAGAGACUCCUGACCAAACAAGUGACUGUGGUUUGAAGGAGGGAAAUCCUGUGGUCUCAUCUCAUCAAGUGGAUGGGACUACUUUGGCUAACAAUGGACCUGCAAAAGUGGCAUUGGUGGGCAUGGAAACUUUGGAUAUGGAAAUUUCAACUGAAGACUCUAGCUUGGAAAAGGAAAAUCCUGUGGUCUCAUCUCAUCAAGUGGAUGGGCCUACUUUUGUUAACCACAGACAUGCAAAAGUGGCAUCGGUGAGCAUGGAAGCUUUGGAUGCGGAAUUUGCAACUGAAGGCUGUAGUUUGAAGAAUGAAAAUCCUGUGGUUUCAUCUCAUCUAGUGGAUGGAUCUACUUUGGCUAAUGAUGAACGUGCAAAAUUGGCAUUGGUGGGCAUGGAAACUUUGGGUAUGGAAUUUGCAACAGAAAACUCUGUAAAACAGGAUUUCUCUUAUAUAUCAAAGUCAUCAUCUCCAGUCGGUGAGGUAGCUAUGUCUGACGACUUGAAAUCCUCAUCGUCCAAUAUCAACAUUGGUGGUUCUGGUGCUUGUGUUGAGGAGGCUAUAACUAGAAGGUAUCCUCCUCGUAGAAAAAUUGCAGCGGUCAGAGACUUUCCUCGUUUAUGUGGACGCAAUGCUCCCCGUCUCAGUAAGGAUGAGUGUCUAAAGGAGAUCUCUUUGAAUAAAAACAGAGUGGGUCUACAAGACUUGGCUUUAGAUGUCGGUCCAUUUAAAAAAGUUGCAGCCGCCAACAUAAAAGAAUUGGAAAAUAACAUUCCACUUGAACAUGGUUACAAGAGAAAGCUUGCUGACAUCGUUCAAGCUGAUUCUGAAGGGAAUGAUACAAGAGAAAAGUACAUUAAACUUCCUGAAAAACGUAAUCAUCAUCAGGUUAACAUAAAUUCCAAGGCAGUGGCUAAAGAGGAAAUGAAGGACAUUGUACUGGCUGAGGGAACAUCAGCGUUAGAUAUUGUUUACCCAGAAGUCCGAAGUCCUGAGGGAAAACUGAACGUCUCAUCAGGCAGGAAAGUAGUGCUAGGCUUGAUGUCUAAAUCAGAAUGUCCUUGGAGAUCUGAUAAUGAUUGCUCCAAAUUUAAAUCAAUAGAGGGUACAAAUGAAAGGAAGCGAAAGAAAGUUGAUUUUUAUGCCCAAAUAGACAGGUCUAAAACUGCUAUCAAGACGAAACUGGUACCAAAUCAUUCGGGGCACAAUUCACUGAAAAAGAAAAAAGGAAAUUCUACUUCUGAUGGCAUGGGUCAAUUAGUAAUACGGGAGAAGGAUUCUCUUGGUCCUAAUGAAAAUAACAAAGACUUUAAAAGUGUCCCAAAACCACUUAGUGUAAUUGUUCCUCCUCUUGGUAAUAGUGAUUUCAGUGGUCAUGUGAAUGACUCAGUGACCCGAAAUAAAGUGAGGCAAACAUUACGCCUGUUCCAAGCUGUUUCUAGAAAGCUUUUGCAAGAAGUGGAAGCAAAGUCAAGUGAGCGAGAAAGAAAGAGGAUUGAUUUACAAGCCGCAAAGAUACUUAAGGAAAAUGGGAACUAUGUUAACACAGGGAAGCAGCUCUUGGGACCUGUCCCUGGGGUCGAAGUCGGUGAUGAGUUUCAAUACAGAGUGGAGCUUAAUAUGAUUGGCCUUCAUCGCCAGACUCAGGGUGGUAUAGAUUAUCUGAAGCACAAUGGUAAGAUCCUUGCAACUAGUAUCGUUGCGUCGGGGGGAUAUGCUGAUGAAUUAGAUAAUUCGGAUGUUUUGAUUUAUACGGGGCAGGGUGGAAAUGUGAUGACCACUGGUAAAGAGCCAGAAGAUCAGAAGCUUGAAAGAGGCAAUCUUGCUUUGAAAAACAGUAGCGAGGAAAAGAAUCCUGUUAGGGUGAUACGGGGUUCUGAAUCAAUGGAUGGAAAAUCCAAGACAUAUGUUUAUGAUGGACUGUAUCUAGUUGAGUCGCAUUGGCAGGAUAUGGGGCCACAUGGGAAACUGGUUUAUAGGUUUCGCUUGCGAAGAAUCCCAGGUCAACCAGAACUUGCCUUGAAGGAAGUGAAGAAAUCUAAAAAGUUCAAAACAAGAGAAGGUCUGUGUGUUGAAGAUAUUUCUUACGGGGUAGAGCGAAUUCCCAUAUGUGCUGUGAACAUCAUAGAUGAUGAGAAACCCCCACCAUUUAAAUACAUAACUAGUAUGAUGUAUCCUGAUUGUUGCAAUCUCGUCCGUCCAGAAGGCUGUAAUUGUACCAAUGGAUGCUCUGACCUGGACAAAUGUUCUUGUGUACUUAAAAAUGGGGGUGAGAUCCCAUUUAAUCACAAUGGGGCUAUUGUAGAAGCAAAGCCUCUAGUUUAUGAGUGUGGGCCUAAAUGCAAGUGCCCUUUAACCUGCCAUAACAGAGUCAGCCAACUUGGCAUAAAGAUGCAACUCGAAAUUUUUAAAACCAAUUCAAGGGGAUGGGGUGUAAGAUCCCUAAAUUCCAUCUCAUCAGGAAGUUUUAUCUGUGAAUAUAUAGGAGAGGUUCUUGAAGACAAAGAAGCUGAACAAAGAACUGGUAAUGACGAGUAUCUUUUUGAUAUUGGAAAUAACAACAGCAACAAUACUCUUUGGGAUGGACUUUCGACCCUUAUGCCAGAGUCGCAGUCACAUUCUUGUGAAAUAGUGAAGGAUGUUGGCUUCACCAUCGACGCUGCUAAGUUUGGUAAUGUGGGGAGAUUCGUCAAUCAUAGUUGCUCCCCUAAUCUUUAUGCUCAGAAUGUCCUUUACGAUCAUCAUGACAGCAGGAUUCCUCACAUCAUGUUAUUUGCUGCUGAGAACAUUCCUCCCUUGCAAGAGCUGACUUACGAUUACAAUUAUAUGAUAGAUCAAGUCCGUGAUUCUAACGGCAAUAUUAAAAAGAAGAAUUGCUAUUGUGGUUCCGUGGAAUGUACUGGUAGGUUGUAUUAAGGUCUGCCAUGUUAAGUGUUGGAAUUGGAACGAUGUUUUUUAUGGGUCUUUCAAACUAAUAUCCUCAAAUAUGAUAUUUAGUUUUGAGCCAUGUUAAUGUCAAUAGUUGGUUGCGAUUAUUCUGAUAUUGUUCUGAGAAAAGUGAAUAGCAAACGGCCUGUGAGCCAAAUUUUGUGAAAAGGACAAAUAUGUUGCCAUUUGAAUGUGUGAAAGCUCAUGUUUGGGAUACAUUUUACUCGAAA